CAUCAGCGCCCGUCAAGCAGGGACGCUGCGAGGGCCAUGGUGCUGCGUGGAGGCUAUCAGCGGAUUGGGGAGGGAAAGGAAGACCUCCCAGUGGUGCACGAGGAUGAGGAAGACAAUGUGUCGAUGGUGCCACCCGCGGCAGUGGCAAGGUCUGGUAUCGCCCAUGCCACAGCUCAACGAGGCGGGGUAGUGACGGCCCUGCUCGAACACCGCCCCUUCCUGUAUGGGUACAGCUUGCUCCUCCUGACCUUCUCCGUGGCGGCUCUCGUCUAUGUUCUGCAAGGGCAGCCCCCGCCGGCCCCGAACUCGCCCUCCUCUCUCCCAUUCGGAGAAAGUAGCGCCUCUGUCGCCACGGCGGGGCACGACGGAGCGCGGCCCACACCCACCCUCAGGUUGGAGGGCUACGACUUCAUCGUGGUAGGCGGGGGGCCGGCAGGGAGCGUCUUGGCGAACAAGCUGAGCGAGGAUCCGGCCGUGGAGGUCCUCCUCUUGGAGGCGGGGGGGGCGAGUCAGGGCUGUCUAGGGGGCACGGACUACACGGCGUCGCCCCUGACCAUGUUCGACGUGCCGCUGCUCUGGAGCACGGUGGCGCACCAGGCGGACUACCACUGGGACGUGGAGGGGGCCAUGAUUGCCAAGGUUCUGGGAGGCUGCGGCGCGCACAAUGCCAUGCUCUACGUGCGCUCUCUGCCCAAGGACUUCGAGGCGUGGAACCUGACGGAUGUGGGGUGGACGUGGGAGGCCGCGCUGGCGGAGGACAUGGCGCUCGAGGACUUCGACGGCCCCCCCUCCUCCUACCACGGCAAGGGGGGUCCGAUCCGGUCCGCGCCGCCCAUGUACGUGGACCAGGUCGCGCCUUACUUUCUAGAAGCCUGCCGGAUCACGGGCCUGCCCAUUUCCGACGACUUCAAUGCGCCCAAUGGACGCCUGGGGGCUGCCUACUACCACUUUUGCAUCAAGAACGGGGUGCGCAUGAGCGCCGCCCGUGCCUUUUUGGGCCCGAUUAUGGACAAAAGGAGCAAUUUGGACAUAGUUCUGAAGGCGAAGGUGACGCACGUGCUCAUGUCGGGCGAGAAGGACGGCGUCUACACGGCCACAGGCGUGUCGUUCGCCGCGGAAGGGGGUGACAGCCGGGAGGCGCGGCUCAAGAGCCCGGGGAGGGGGAAAGGGAAAGGGAAUGUCGUGCUGACCGCAGGCGCCAUCCACACUCCCAAGAUCCUCAUGAAUUCGGGCGUGGGCCCCCGAAGGAAGCUGGAAGAGGCCGGCAUCCCUGUGCUCGUCGACCUACCGGGCGUCGGGGAGAACCUCCAGGACCACCCCUCUGUGCCCAUGACCUUCACCUUGACCACGCCCUUGGCGGGGCGGGUGGCGGCGGCGGCGGGUUCCUUCGAAGAGCUCACCGAGUACAAGGACUGGGUGGUGGAGGGGGGGGAGAUCCUCAGGGCCAAGGGCGCGACAAGCAGGGUCGAUCGAGCCGGCGGGCCGGGGCAGCAGUGGGGAGGGGGGGGCUUCUUCCCGGGUGACCAGCCGGGGAGCCAACAGAAGGACUACACCAUAUUCGCGAGCAGUGGCUUUACUGCGGGGGCCUUCCUCAAGUCGGACAAAGGGAGCAAGAACCCGGCCUUCAAGGAAAACUACCCGGAUCUACAGUUGACGGUCUUCCCGCGCAUCUCAGAGCCCCAUCUGGUGCAGAAGCAGCAGGAGAGCGAAGAAGCCAUGGAUGCGGGCGCCAGCCCGCGGGCGGCCAACCUGUCGUCCACCCCGACCUUGCCGCCAGCGAGCAAGACCCAGCGGGGCACCAUGCUCGUUACCAUCGCGCUCUUGGACCCGCAGGCACGGUAUUCCGUGGAGCUGGAUCCUCGGGACGCCAUGCAUGGGCCUGCACGCGUGCGGGAAGCGAACGUGUCGGCCUCGGAGGGCGAAGGCUUUCUCUCCGACAUGGACAUUGGGAAGUUGAUAUGGGGGGUACGGAAUGUGCGCGUGAUUGCGCGGACGAGUCCCAUGACGGAGGCGGCGCAGGAGGAGACGCUGCCUGGGCCCGAUUUGGUCGAUGAGGGUGUCCUGAAGAAGUGGCUGUAA